AUGGGUCGCCUUCACUCCAAGGGCAAGGGCAUUGCCUCUUCCGCUAUCCCCUACUCUCGCACUCCCCCAGCCUGGCUCAAGACCACCCCCGAGCAGGUUGUUGAGCACAUCACCAAGCUGGCCAAGAAGGGUGCCACCCCUUCCCAGAUCGGUGUUGUCCUCCGUGACAGCCACGGUAUCGCCCAGGUCAAGUUUGUCACCGGCCUCGCUCCCGAACUCCCCGAGGACCUUUACUUCCUGAUCAAGAAGGCCGUUGCCGUCCGCAAGCACCUUGAGCGUAACCGCAAGGACAAGGACAGCAAGUUCCGCCUCAUUCCUGAUCGAGUCCCGUAUCCACCGUCUGUCCCGUUACUACAAGACCGUCGGUGUCCUCCCCCCCCACCUGGCGUUACGAGAGCGCCACUGCCUCCACCCUUGUCGCAUAAGCGUGUCAUGGUGUUGGUUUGUGGUGUUUAG